CUCAAAGUGUGAUUCGAUUCUGAGAAGCUAUUCUAUGGUUGCAGCUCGGUUAAUGGAGAAUGACAAAUGUCACAUGUUUACUGCGGUCCCCACCCACCUCCUUCAAUGCAACGCUCCCUGACCUCCCCUUCUUUUUCUCAGCUCAGCUCUACACUCUGUCGCUGCUGAUAUAUGAAUAUCCCCAACACCUUUCCGACAUUUCCUCCGAUGGCCGGAAACUUAUCGUCAGAGUUACAUGAAGUCCGAGCCCCCGAGGACCAGAGAAGUUAAGCUUUUCUUGGUUUGCAGAGAACUUCAAUUGAUUAUGGUCACCGGGUAACAGAUGAGGUUGAAAGUAGUGCUUGUUGGACUCAUUAGCUUUGCUUGGAUACAACUAUCUCACUGGGGGCUUUCAAAUGCAUCUGACACAAAUAAGUGGACCUGCACAUGUUUCACGAACUUGGGUAUUGCUAAUGUGGCUAACUGUUCAUCAUCAUGCGAAUGCGGUCCGGAUGGGUUGAGGCAAAGCAGGUGGACUUGUAUAUGUGCUUCUGAUGGUUUACCCAUUGUGGCUGCCGAACAUAAUAAUAAUACUGGCUGCUUUACUUCUUGCAAUUGCAGUUUUGGGACUCUGGUCAAACAACGCUAUCCAAAGAAGUGGAUCUCCAGAAAAGCAAUAUUUAUUAUUCUCUUAACUUGUUCAGCUGUAGCAAGUUUUGCAUUUUUUGCAUUGAUGAUGUGCUACAUCUAUCAAAGGGACAAAUAUUCUAUUCAACGAUCUCUUUUAUCACCAGAUAAAGAAACUAGUUUCAGUAGUGGUACUAACUUAAUAAGCCAAUACACUUCGUCAGAAGUUGAAUCUAAAGUUUAUGCAGCCACACCCGUAAAUUUUGUUGCAGGGUGCAUUCCGAAGCCAUUGUCACUAUUUAAAAGCAAAAUGGGAGCAUUGAACGGAAUGAUCACAUACUUUUCAUACUUUGAUUUGGAAAUUGCAACUGAUAAGUUCUCCAAUUUGAAUUUGAUCGGAGUUGGAGGGAGUAGUCAGGUAUACCGUGGGCACCUGAAAGAUGGAAGAACCGUUGCAGUUAAGAGAAUUAAAACCCAAGGGGGCCCAGACACAGAAUCUUCUUUCUUGAGAGAGAUCGAACUGAUAUCAAGACUUCAUCAUUGCCAUGUGGUGCCAUUGAUCGGUUACUGCUUAUUAGAAAACCGCGGAAAGCAUCAUGCACAAAGGCUGCUUGUAUUUGAAUACAUGCCUAAUGGCAACCUCAGAGAUUUUCUGGAUGGGACUUCUGGAAGAUGUUUGGACUGGGGUACUCGUGUUGGAAUCGCUCUUGGAGCUGCUAGGGGCCUGGAAUAUCUCCAUGAAGCUGCUGCCCCAAAGAUUCUUCACUGUGAUGUGAAAUCCACAAAUGUUCUCCUCGAUGAGAAUUGGAGGGCCAAGAUUAGUGACUUUGGAAUGGCUAAGCAGCUGCACAAUGAUGGUAUGCCCAGUUGCUCUAGUUCCCCUACUAGAAUGCAAGGGACCUUUGGAUAUUUUGCACCGGAAUAUGCCAUAAUUGGGAGAGCUUCUACCAAAUCUGACGUAUUUAGUUUUGGGGUUGUGCUUCUUGAACUCAUUACUGGACGCCAGCCUAUACAAAAGUCACUGAACAAAGGGGAGGAAAGCCUCGUGAUAUGGGCAACUCCUCGUCUGCAAAAUAGUAAACUAGUGAUAUCAGAGUUGCCCGACCCGAAUAUAAAAGGGGAUUUUGAGGAAGAGGAAAUGCAGGUGAUGGCUUACUUGGCAAAGGAGUGUCUGCUCCGAGACCCCGAUUCUCGGCCAACCAUGAGCGAGGUUGUUCAUAUUCUCUCAACCAUAGCUCCACAGAAAUCUAAGAGAAACAACUUUCUCGGACACAGCUUUAAGAGCUCAUCGAGCCAUGAAAUUGAACAGCACGGAAGGAGAUUUCUCAACCCAACUGGAGAAGAGGAAAUUAAGCAAAUUACUUGUGAGAAUCAUGAUCACAAUGUUGAUAUUGAGAAGGAAGAAGCUCAUACUGCGGAUGAUGCAAAAUGGGAAGAGAGAGUAAUCAUUUUCUCUUCAAAGGAUGACAGAUGGUAUUCUGAAGAUGAUACCACGGUGGACUUGGCUGAGCCGCGGUUUGAAUCAUUCUAUGUGCCCACUGUUGUAUGAGGGUAUAUGCUUUGUAGUUUUUGUUGGAAAUUUUGAUCUCCAAUGUGAAUAUCGGUCACACAUCUUCUUAGACAUUUCAUAUGAAUACACUAAAAGAAUCUAAUAGACAUAAUUACUAGUGCGAGGUGGUUAUGGAUCCUGUUCAAACCGAUGUAUAUCGGCUUUUGGUUUCGUUCGGACCCAUUUUCACCCAUGUAUAUAUUUACAGUUCUCGUUUCAGUUCUCCUUUUAAUAUAGCCUCAACCUCAAAU